AUGCAUACCCCUAUCGCGCACUCCAUUCACCGCCAUCGAAUCUGCCCACCAACACACGCAAGAGGGAAUGAGUCUUACAAUCACGGGGAUUCCAAAAUCGCUCCGAAACACACUAAGCUUCUACCACCCUCCAUCUGCGACGAGAAUCUCAAGAGUGCUCGAAAGGCUGCAGCACAACGCUCAAUCUGCUCUUCUUUUGCGCCACAAAGAGGUCCCAGAAGCCGAUCGACUAUGGCCGCUAUUGAAAUUCAUCAGCCAGCCACUCUGUGCGACCACCGUACGCUGGACUCCAUCACGCGCUUCUUGAACAUUCAUAUUCUAGAAGAGAAGCACCUUCAGGUAGUGAAAGUGAUCAAUCUCUCGAGAAAGUUCCUCCUGGAACUAAAUCCGUUCGGGUGGCAAUGUCAAUACUUGGAACUGGAAAAUCUCGUGGGCAUAGGAGUCGCUGGACUCUGCGUUUUCAAGUGA